UCACAAAUUCAUCCCUGGCAGUACAACCAGGCCUGUCAAUGUAUCAUCAUUACGAAAGCAGAGUUGACUGAGGCCAAGAAGGAAGCGGAAGCAGAGGAGAAGCGAGAGCGAGUUGAACAGACUAUUCGACGAUAUGAGGAGUCCUUCGACCGAAUGCUCGUCCUCGCUAAAACUUCCACUACUGAUAAACUAGUGGACAGCUUCCUCUUUAACGAAGAUAGGAACUUUGCGUUAUUUAAUUACGUCAGCGAAAUUAAUGGCGAAAUCGAAAAGCUUCUUAAUGAGAACGAGGAGCUCAAGAAGCAAAUUGACGACUACAAGAAUUCCAUGAACAACUCAAUUGCAGAGAAACGUCAAGAAUUAGAAACUCUUGAGUUAACUAGUAACAGAAUUGAGGAGGCAACAGAGAAGAUUCGUGCAAAGUUGGAAAAAACGAGACAGAUUCUGCAAGAAACUGCAGUAAUGACAGGCGACUUGGCGAAAAAACUCAACUGUGAUACGAGCGUCCUCGAAAGACGACUGGCGGCCUCCAAGGAUCCGACCCUUGAAACGGUUCUUGACUACUUGGCAUUGAUUGAGGAGCGCAUUGAUAAUCUGCUCCUAGUUCGGCAGUACAUUGCUAGCAUCGAUCCUGACGCACCUUACAUUGCAAAGCCAAUCUUGAUGGGUGGUAAUUUGCUCCCAUUAAGUUCUUCAUUUCCCACCAUCAUUCCACCCAGCCUACAAGCAGACUUUGAUGAGCCCACCGGUGAGGGCGAACUGAAAGUUCCACUGUCAAGGGAAGAACUGCACAAACGGGUUAUUUCACAAAUAAAGGCAAAACACACGGAAACGACCGGAAGGGAAAAUGAACCCGACGUGUAG